GCAUACUUACUUUAGUUCAACGAAAGCAUUUGAAAAACAUGGUACAUGUACGGCUACUUGUAAUGAUGUAUAUAUUAUUCAUUUAUAGCACAUUUGGUUCAGUAAGAAGGCCCAUUAAUAUACGGGUAUUGGAAGGAAAUAGUUGUGACACUCCUCAAGUUAUCGGUGGAAAGUGCAUGAAUAUUUCUUUAUGUGAUCCAGCUUUUGUGCACUCCAUAGCCUAUCAAGAGCAUACCCCGGUGUGCCAACAAAAUGCCUUCUACAGAGUGAUUUGCUGUCAACCGUUUCUUGAUUUUUGCGAAAAUAGUAAACAAUUUCAAAUCUGGCAUGGCAUUGAAGCAGAACCUGGAAUGUUUCCCCACCUUGCUAGAUUAGGGUUGAAAAAUGAAGAAGAUGGGAUUGCUUGGACAUGCAGUGCGAAUAUUAUUUCCGAACGAUUUCUUCUUACCGCUGCACAUUGCAAUCCGGUGAACAUUGCGGGACUCGGUUGUGCUGAAUCGAUGCAAUGCGAUCAACAAAAUACUGUAAAGAGCUUCAUCUUGAACCCAAAAUAUAAAACAUCUUUAAAAUACCAUGAUAUUGCUUUGGUAGAACUCGAACAAAAUAUAAGGUUUAACAAACGUGUGCUUCCAAUUUGUCCAUACAUCAGUAAGACUGAUUUGCAUUUAAGCGAAGAUCUUGUUAUUGCUGGAUGGGGUGCUACAGAAAGUCACUUUCAAUCACCUCGAUUAAUGUUUGCUACAGUACGGACCGUGCUGCAGAAUGAUUGCAAAGAUCAUUAUGCAUCAUUAUUGAAGGCAUCCCCGAACAAAAAACUCCAUCAAGGAAUAACCGAUGAAAUGUACUGUGCGCAGGGAGCUUUGGCAGAUAAUGUUACCGAACACAUCGAUGCGUGCAGUGGAGAUUCAGGUGGACCAUUGCAAACAAAACAGAAUAACAAUCUAUAUUUGAUUGGAGUGAUAUCGACGGGAUUCGGCUGCGGAUCAUCUUCACCAGGGUUAUACACACGUGUUGCAUCAUAUUUUGGUUGGAUCAAGGAAACGGUUAGUGCCACUAGGGAUAACUAAAGUGUAAUUCAACAUCUCAAGCGUCUCAACAUUUUCUGCAACUCAAUAAUACAUACAACAUUAUACGGCUACACAUUUAUUUAG